GUGCCUGUGCCUGUGCCUGUGCCUGUGCCUUAGUUCUUUGCACAGUUGUGCGCUCGUUACAUAUCUCUCAUUUUUACAGGCUUUUAUUUGCUGAUUCUUCUAGUCCACCGACCCACGCAUGGCACCUUUUCACGCCUACGUGUAUUUUAUGAAGUCGAAUCCUGAUUUCCCAUGUGAAUGCCGUUCAACUGCUGUCGCGCUGUAUCAGAUAUGACGAAACUUAAACGUUCGAGUCUUUUUCCCAGCUCGCAAUAAAUUCGUUUCAUCGUCUUUUUGCUGUUACAGAUAUGAAGUACGCUUUCUGGGCACACGUGGGCUGUCCGCAGGCGUGGCCACGGGGUAUACCGUUGGGAGGUUACCCAGCCUCAAUACGAUUGUCAGUACGUCCCUUUACGCGGCCCAGUGAUACAGAAACUAUCAACCCAGACAGAAGUUCUACGCAAACUUCAGGCUCGAAUAGUCCAGUGCAAACCAAUACUGUCGGGCACACAGGGGUAGACGCAGAGGCCGAUACAGAGCGAUUCGAUAGAUUAUGUGCGCUAUUACAAGAGGAGCUACAGCACGAUAUCGACCGGCUGGUGCAUAGACCUGUGGCCGACUCGUAA